AUGUGUGGCACUGGUGCAGCCGCUGAGUGCAACAGCCAACAGCCGCAGCAGCAGCAGUACUUCAGUGGUGGAAGUAUCAGUAAUAUCCAAACUGAAGACUCCUACCUCCUCCACCAUCCUCACUUCCCCACAAUUGCCAGCAGCAGCAUGGAGUUGCCUCCAUCGUUCAAGGCUGCCAACAGACAGCUGAAUCUGUAUGCGGCACACCAGAACUACCAGCAUCAUCCUAGUCAACAUCAAGAACCCUCCUCCCUGGACUCCUCCCCCUACUCCGACCUCUCCUCACCGCCCUUCACUCAUCACUCUGAUCUCUUUGUGAACACUAUCAACAACAGCAGUAGUCCACAUCAUCCUCUGCCACCGCAAACUCCAACCACUCCCUCAACUCCCGGCUCGCAGACGAGCAGCGGUGGUGGUGGCCACUCGCCCAGUCACUCUCCGACGGGCACUUCCGGUCAGCAGCAGCAGCGUAAUCCCUUCAUUGGUCGUUCCGCCUGUGUCGUCUGUGGUGAUCGAGCACGUGGCUGCAACUUUGGCGCCAUCACCUGCGCCAGCUGUAAGGAGUUCUUCCGGCGGAAUGCAUUUAAGAUGACUGCUUCGAAGCUGAAGUGCUACUUUCAGAACAAGUGCGACAUCAACAUAUACUCACGUCGAUUUUGUGCCGCUUGUCGACUGUCCAAGUGCUACCAAAUGGGCAUGAAGAGCGAGUACAUCAUGAGCGAUGCGGAAAAGUACGAACGACAGCUGAAGAUUAUGGAGCGCAAGCUGACCAGUCAAAGUCGCCGACUGGCGCUGAACGUCCCUCUGGAGGAUGGAGGGCACUUUGAGGCGACGACAGCAGGGACAACAGCAGCAAGCGAGUACAGUGCAGCAAAUCCACAAACCAACGAUCAACCGAUGGAUUCGACAUUUCAAACAGCCAUAAACAGCCAUAAACCACUGCAUCAACAGCAGCAACAGGGAACUACAAGCAACAGCUUAACAAAUCAUCAGACACCACCGCCCCCACCACCACCAGGUCCUUCAUCCUCCUCGCUUUUUGAACUGGACGAGCCGGAAAGCGUCAAAAAGCUGCUACGAAAGGUGAAGGUCAUCCGCGAGUCAGGCUUCUACCCGACCAAGUUUCAGCUGCUGGUGCGGGCGCACUCCGCGGAGAAGUCACUCAGCCUGAGCGAGCGCUGCCGCCUAAAGUACCUCACCUCGGUGGUGCAGAUCAUGCAGGCGGAGAUCAUCACCGACCUGCCCAUCAACAGCAAGUGCCUCGACUUGAUGCGCAUCGCCGAGACGGUCACCUUCUGCUUCAUCAAGAUGUGCAAGAAGCUCAAUGCCUUCCAGGCACUCAGCCCCGAGGACCAGGUCGGCCUGGUGAAGGGGCGGGUGGUGGAGACGCUCAUCCUCUGGUCGAUGAUGACCAUCAACCUGGAGAAGGAGUGCUGGGAGGCGCUGGACCUCGAGCGGAACAUCAAAUUUUCGCUGAAGAUGGAGCUGCUGAAGGAGGCAAACAAGAAGCUGUACGAGGAGCACCGUCGCUUCGCCAUGUCCUUUGACCCGGAGUGGCGCUUCAAUGACAACCUCAUGUCGCUGCUGCUCGCCAUCUCACUCUACGACGCCGACAAGUCGGAGCUGAGCAAUACACAGGCCAUUAG